GACCUCUUCACAAAAUCACUCCCUACCUCGGUAUUCAGAAAACACAUCCAUAACAUUGGGAUGCGCCAUCAGAAGGAUCUAUGACUGUUCAUUCGAGGGGGAGCUUACGUAGUUGUACUCUUUUUACCUUACUAUGGUUUUUCCCAUUGGGUUUUCCUGGAAAGGUUUUUAACGAGGCAACAAAGACGUUAAGCGAGAGCGGAUAGUGACACCGGCCCCCAAGGGAGAGUGUUACGAAAGUAAACAAAAGCGGCCACCGUAAUGUUUGAAAUAAUUAAAGAUGUGGGUCCCGCUGCACUAUUUGCACAGUAAAUUUUCUUCUAUAUAUACGAACGUUUGCGUUCGUUUAUAAUGCACACCUAAAAACACUUCUAUUCUAUUCUCUCUCUGUAUCAGUGUUAUUUCUUUCUACGGGUAUAAAAUUUUGCCCUUAUUUAAAUUCCUGCGAUACAAAUAAAUUCCAGUUCUUUUUAUAACAAUCAUCAAUUAAUUAAUUCAGGUUCUAUCUCGUACGUAUUAAAAUAUCAUCAACAAAUUAGUUAAGCUUCUGCCGGGUCAAUUAAAAAGAAACAAAAUUAUUUCAAAAAUAUAUGUCGAUUAUAUGGAUCAUAUAUUGAUCUUUGAUAAUCUAAUCCAAUCAUAAUAUUUAAUAUUAUAAUUAAUUAUACUAAAAAUCAAAAAUUUAAAGUAUGAUUGUCAAUUGAUCGAAUCUAAAAUAAUUAAACUGAUACCACAUUUAUUCAAAGUUCUCUAUCUAAUACAUCGGUGUAUAUAAUAUUUCAUUGAGAUAUAUAACAAAGUUUACUAUGUUCCGCUCCAGUUCAGCAAGUCGUUAAACAAAGUUGACUGAUGUACCUAACCGGUUCUUAUAAGUCUUUAAACUUGACCGGAACUAAAUCCUUGUUUUCCUGCUAUUAAUUUAUUUGAGAAACAUAGAUUAAGAAUCGAGUCCACGUAAGGCAUUCCCUUAUUUCCACGAGGUAAAUGUCAACAAAGAUCAACAAUCGCCACCACUAUAUUUCAAAAUAUUUUCCACUAUAAAUACCACCAUCGCCACAGCAAAUAUCAUCAUCAAAUAGUUCAGGUUCUAUCUUAUCUGCGUAAAUAAGGAUUUUAAAGAAAAAUAGAAAUCCAUCUCUUUUAUUCAAGUCGUACCUCUUCUAUUAUUCUUCAGAUAACCAUGAAAACAAGUCGUGCAUUGAUACUUUCAUUAAUAUUUCUUCUACUAAUAGGGUUCUACCUUCCGGCAAACGAAGCGCUUAGGUUUUUACCAAAAGAACGUCUUGGCAAUUUACAGUUUCUACAAAGAGGUGAUCUGCCUCCUUCCGAUCCGUCAAGCUGCACACACAUCCCCGGAGGCCACGGGCCGCCUUGCCCAGUCCAAUAACGCCAUUUUGCUGGCCGCGGGCAGGGUGGUAUUGCCAUGAAAUGGACUUAAUUAUGUCCUACGACAUGUUCAUAUAUAGUCACAUCUGCCCAUAGAGUACUUUUAUAAUAAGUCAUUGUUAUGUUACUUAUGAUUCAAACUGUAUAGUGUUGUUUUUUAUUCUUAUGAUUCAUUUGUUCGUUCAAAAAAAAAAAGAUUCAUUUGUUCAAUUUCGAAAUUGUAUAAUAAAUUUUAAUCUUUUAUUGAUUUAUACUCUUAUCAGUUGAGAUUGAAUGAAAAAUCACAGUUGUGAGAAAAUCUCACAUUGGAGAAUUAGACAAAUAGUGUCUAAUAUAUAAGAGGAUGUUUAACUCUAAUUAGUACGAAGUCUUUUGGGAAGGAGCUCAAAAGUAAAUCCAUGCGGGUCAAAGAAACUCAAAGUGGAUAAUAUCGUGCUAAUCGGAUAAUAUAGAGUUGAAUAUGGGUUCACACAAUUCCAACAACUGGCAUCAGAGCGGUUGACAAGAAAUCUGCAAAAAAACCAAAAAUAUCUUUCGAAUAGGAACCUUUUGAGAAGGAAAGCAAAAGUAAGAACAAAAAUAUCUCUUAACUAUAUCAACAUUCUUGUUUUUGUUUAUAGUGAAUUGAUUUCCUUCAUUCAUCUCUCAAUUUUAAAAAAUCAAAUAUCCAUUUGGAUGCAGAUAUAUAUCUGAUACUAUUGUGAAACUUACUUUUAUCUCUAAGGAUGACAAAAUUGAACCUAGCUAAUAGAGAAAGGUUAAUUUGACUUGUUAAUGAAGAUGGAGUCGUGAAGGAAACACAUUAGACUGAUAUUCUCUAUAUAAGAAUCGUACACGUCAUUCUCAUAUAAAUAUUUCAAUUACGAUAAGCUUGUUUUGCCUUUUUUGUGGAAACGCCUUUGCAAUAUAAGCUUGUUUUGCAUUCUAUCUAAUGGUAUUCCUCGUAGAAUUGCUUCCGGCUUCACAUACAUUUUUGAAAGUAUAGUUAGAAAAGCAACUAUUCUCAUAUAUACAUCAUCUUGGUUUAAUUUUUCUUUGAGGUACUAUAUGUUGCACAUAUACAAGCUGGUUCAAUAUAGGAAAACACGAAAGAUCUGAGGGAGACAAUAGCGAUAAGAAUGACUUUAAAUUCUCCUUGCAUCUCCUACACGUCAAUUCUCGUUAACCCCUGCCCAUCACCAUUCUCUGUUUCUUGUUUUUCAAGAUGUAGUUAUCAAUUAAUUUCUCUUAUCCACAAUAGCUAAUAUAUGAUAAUUCGAUCGACUAAAGGUAAGAACUAAGAAGUAAGAACAUAAUGAUUUUGUAUAUGGAAACAGUAGACUAGUUAUACUUGCAAGAUUUGUCCUGUCGAAAUAUUUUAGUAACACUUAACAAAAGCUGAGACACGAAAAAGUUCAAAAAUGUGUAACAAGUUAGAUCGCUGGAGUUUACAUAUAAUCUAUGCUCGUCUCAUCCAUUAACUACCAACAGAGUAAACUAGUAAACUUUCCGGCAGAUAUUGUAGCCAGACACCAAACUUGAACGGUAGGGUUUCCGAGCAUCGAAAAUUGAGAAAUUAAGCUGGCAACUGGAGCUUUUUGUUGUUCUUCCAGCU